CUGCGAGAUGACUUUGUAUUAGUUUGCGCAUAGAUCUUUGUUUUGGGUUCGCGAUUUUGUCGUGUAUGUUGUUUUUGAGGUCAAGGACUGACACGAGAAUUGGCUAGAUGUAAAAUAGGUCUGGAAAUUCAUUUUCAAAAUGUCUUUGAAGGCGUACGAAGAUGCUUGCACCAGGGCUGAGCUGUUCGGCCAGCCAAAGCCAGACAAAGAAGAUUUUUUGGAGAGAAACAAACAUUUGGAUGUGGUGGAAUUUGAGGAAGUGGAGAUCAACAAGACUGCAGAGAACACAGCAAUACUAGGCGAGAAUAUGAACCAAGCGAGCUCGGGUCUACACGAGCUGAACACUAUCUUAACUUCUACCCAAACCAAAUUGAAUAGACUCAAGGGAGUCUGCGGCAGCCUGACAAACUUCUUCCGAGUGAAGCUGACAGCUCGAGACAACCUGUCCUACUCUAGCGAACCGAGCUACAUCGGCCAAACGAACUACGACAAAGACUACAUCCCUCCCUCCCAGAAUUCCUCCAUAAACCAGGGUCUGGGCCCUGGAGACAACGAGAUGACGUCACGCCACAACGAUGGCGUCACUUCUCCAAAAAUCGGGGAUAUUAACUCUGCUUUGGACGAUUUGAAGACUAUGGAGCAGAAUGAAGAGACGGCUCUGCUGAGCAAAGGAGUCAAGGAUAUAGGUAAGCAAAUCACUUCGCAGACCAGCAAGUUGGAUGAGAUGUUAGCACACGCUGACCGAGCCCAGUCGUCCCUGGAUCGCCAAAACAAGCAGAUGCGAAAAUUUGUCCGAUAGGAUUUUGCUCAAAUGGCUUAGGCUUUUGGAUGUGAUUGCGCGUGGAAAUUUGACAAUAUUUAUGAUACUGAUUCAAAAUAGCUUUCAUGUGUGUAGGCAAAAACUUUUCAUAGAUUAUUAAUUUGUUUUUUUUUAAAUGAUGGAAUUGGGAAACUGAAUUUUUCGUGUCCUAUAAAAUUUUUGAUGGCCCAAACGAGUGGCCAGUAAAGGGGUUGGCUCGUUCAGUGAUUCGUCCCACAACACGUUCGUCCCAGUGGGACGAAACACUUGAACGAAUCGCAGAACAAAAAGUAAUAUAUUUUUGAAUUCAGUGGUUCGUACCAUUGGGACGAACGUGUUUUGGGACGAAUCACACUGAAAGAGCCAAGGGGUUAAUAUCGAGAGUGAGGCUGUGUUAAAAAUUAUUUUACUGAUUAUUGAAAACUCAUAGGUUUUUAAUCUGUAUAUCAAAAGUUAAUAUUGUAGUUGUUUAUUUUGUAAAUACUCGCUAGAUAGCUUUUUAAAACUAGAAUGUUAAAAUGAUGAUAUUUAGGCCCGC